AUGGGCAAGAAGAAGCUGAAAAGAACGAACCUGAAGAGCCUCAACAAUGCAGAAGGUCUUCGGGUAUCAGAGCCAGAGCCAGAGCCAGAGCCAGAGCCAGAGCCAGUAGCAGACCUCAGCAUUCCAGAGCUGUUGGAUUAUACUCAGAGAGACGAAAGUCCUUACGUGACCUCCCCAAUCACUUUCAAGGUGGGAAAGGAGUAUUACACUAUUCUACAAUACUACCUGCAUCCUUUCCCUAUACUCAAGUGCAAUCCAUCCGAGCUCUACCGGGAACCUGAUACAUACAAUGAGUGGUCGAUCCGAUCACAAGGCCCGCUUUAUCAUCUCGAGCUGACGAUCAACCCCCGAGCCGCGCAUACCUUCAUUCAUUAUCUCUCUACCGGUCAAUACGAAACGCUUCAAAGCGUGCUUCCACCCAUCAAGAACGCUGCCGAUGUUACCGAGGCCCUGCGCGCCCGUGACAUUGAGGAGCUUACGCGCACAGCUCACACUUACGCUGCGGCGGUGCUGUACGAAGUCCCUGGCCUACAAGAGCUGGCCCAGGGCUUUCUGGGGCGGUUCGCGCAGCGGCUGCCAACGGAGGAUAUUUUGAAAGUGUUAAGAGAGAUAUACGACAGUCUCCGUGACGUGGAGCCGGCUCGCACUUGGGUGGAGGUGUUUGUUCGGGGGUGUUUAGAGGCUGCAUUCUCGGAUAGAGAAGUAUCUCUGCGACAGAUCAUAGGGGAAUAUGGUAUUGGCAUGGAAGGAAGCUUUGAUCGCUUCAUCGUCGAUGAAACGUUGGCCAUCUUUGAGAGGGACAGAGAGGAAGUCAAUCAAGCCCUUGGUGGGCUUGGUGAGCCGGAGGAAAUGGCUGAGCUGGAACCGCUUUCUGAGUCACCGCUUGUACUCGAUCCUGAGCCUGAGCUAGAGGCUGAGCUUGCAAGCGAGUCCGAGUCCGAGCCCGAGCCCGAGCCUGAGCCGCAUGAGAUCGAAGUUGAGGAUCGGCCUAUGCCAGAGCCUGUCUCAGAGGCAGAGAUUGUAUUGGACAUGGAUCCAGUCCUGAACCGGAAGCUUCUGUCGCAACACAGUCUUUGGAAGAUUCCUUAUGGACCGACGCUGGCCCUCAGUAGGAUCAAGGCGACCAAGAAGAAGGAGAAGAAGAAGGGUCAAAAUUUGGGAGAGCCGGUCAAAGAGACACUGCAGCCCGUGGCCAACCCAAUUUCAGAAGUGACUGCCGAAAAGACCGGUGCUUUGUUUAAGGAUGGUGUAACUCGCUUUUCUCUUGACUGGACACAUUUCGAGCGCUUGAUGGGCAUGAUCACUCCACCAGUCCUCAGCAGGAAUGCCUGGGGAUCAAAGUACCGUGGUCGCGGUUCUUGA